UCAAGACCAGUACACCAUUACAAUUUUGCAAAUAUUUAAUUUUUUGUACUGUUAGUUUUUGUUUUCUUUAAAAUGUCAAAUUCUAAAAUAUAUGAUCAAUUAAGUAAAAAAGAUAAAGAAGUUCUUGAUUCUGUUUUUAAUCCUUAUCAAAUCGGUGGUGAAGUUGGUCCAAUAGGAAUUUUUAAUGCCGAAAUAACAGAUGAUAUUAUUGAUCCAAUUGAAGAGAAUACACCUGAAAUUGAAAAAUCAAAAACAUUAGAAAUUGAAGCUGUAAAAUUAGCUGAAGAUGGUAAAAUAGAUAAAUCCUUAGAAUUAUUUAAUAAUGCAAUUGAAUAUGGAUCACAAAGGCCAACAUUAUACAAUAAUAGAGCACAAAGUUAUCGUUUAAAAGGAGAUGAUAAAUCGGCAUUCAAUGAUCUUAACAAAGCAAUUCAACUUUCAUCUGAUUUUAAUUAUAAACGUACAGCAUGCCUAGCAUAUUGUCAAAGGGGUAUAUUACAUCGUAAAUAUAAAAAUAUCGAUGAAGCAAGACAUGAUUUUGAAGAAGCCGCAAAAUUGGGUAGUAAAUUUGCAAAAACUCAGUUGGUCGAAAUCAAUCCUUAUGCAGCACUUUGUAAUCAAAUGUUAAGAGAAGCAUUUCAGAAGCUAUCAUAAAAAAAUCAACAUAAAAACCUAUAAAAUAAAAUAUCAGAAACAAAAUUACAACACAAAACAAAAAACAGAACAGAAAAAAAUCCUAUAAAAUAAUUUAAAGGCAAAAAAUACGAGUACUUGUACUUAUAAAAUAAAUGUAGGACACAAGCCAAAAAACUGUAGGUAUGUAUAUAUAAAAAGGACACAGGACAAUAAUUUUAAGAUUGUGCCAUGCCAUCAUUUAUUGCAAUUCAAUUUUUGUUUUUUUUUUUUUUGUCUUACAGAUGUAUACAUUCUAUCAUUUGUCAUCGCAUUAAUAAAAUAUCCUUAAAAUAUAUUUUUGUUUCUCUUCUUAUACAUUUUAUGCAUAAUUUUUGUAUAUUUAUGCAAGUAUAUAUAAAGAAGAAAAAAAAUCAA